AUGAUGCCUCGAUUGUCCAAGCGCAGGCUGGUGGUGCUGGCCGUGUUCAGCUUGUACUCCUUGGUGAAUGCCUUCCAGUGGAUCCAGUACAGUAUAUUGAGCAGUGUCUUUACAAUCUACUAUGGAGUGUCUACUCUUCAGAUAGACUGGCUUUCCAUGGUCUAUAUGGUAGUAUAUGUGCCUCUCAUCCUGCCUGCCACUUGGCUGCUUGAUACUCGAGGACUCCGUGUCACCGCCUUGCUGGGGUCUGGACUCAAUGGCUUGGGUGCCUGGAUUAAGUGUGCCAGUGUCCAGCGAAACCUAUAUCCGGUCACUUUGUUGGCACAGCUCAUCUGCUCCAUAGCACAAAUCUUUAUUUUGGGGCUGCCAUCCCACAUUGCUUCUGUCUGGUUUGGGCCGAAGGAAGUCUCCACUGCCUGUGCUGUAGCUGUGCUGGGCAAUCAGCUAGGCACAGCAAUUGGUUUCCUCUUGCCACCUGUUUUAGUUCCAAACACAGAAGAUGACCUUGACCUCAUGGGACGUAACAUCAGCAUCAUGUUCUAUGGCACAGCAGCAGUAUCAACACUCCUGUUUCUACUAACAGCAAUUGUAUUUAAGGAAAAACCUAAAUAUCCUCCAAGUCAGUCUCAGGCUGCUCUUUCAGAAGUGUCUCCAGAAGAUUACUCCUAUAAGCAAUCAAUAAUCAACCUCUUCAGAAACAUUCCUUUUGUUCUUUUGCUGGUUAGUUAUGGAAUUAUGACUGGGGCAUUUUAUUCAGUCUCAACUCUACUGAAUCAAAUGAUAACAACUCAUUAUAAGGGAGAAGAAGUGAAUGCUGGAAGAAUUGGCCUGACACUUGUGGUAGCUGGAAUGGUGGGUUCAAUUAUUUGUGGUUUGUGGCUGGACUACACCAAAACAUACAAGCAGACAACAUUAAUUGUAUACAUCCUCUCAUUUGUUGGGAUGAUUGCAUUUACAUUUACCUUGGAUUGUGGACACCUUAUAGUUGUAUUUGUGACUGGUGGAGUGCUCGGCUUCUUCAUGACUGGUUACCUCCCGCUUGGUUUUGAAUUUGCUGCAGAAAUUACAUACCCAGAGUCAGAAGGCACUUCAUCAGGGCUUCUGAAUGCUUCAGCACAGAUAUUUGGGAUUAUUUUUACAUUGAUUCAAGGAACACUUACAUGUGAUUACAACCCACGUGCAGGAAACAUUUUUCUCUGUGCAUGGAUGUUUAUAGGCAUCAUUUUAACAGCUUUUAUCAGAUCAGAUUUGCGAAGACACAGUGUGAAUUCAGGGAUUAUGAAUGCUGACAUUAAAUCUGUUGGCGUGCCAGGGAUAAAAUAG